GUUGUUGCGAAAUUAGUAACGCAACUUUAAAUGGUCUGAGUCUUUUACAGUUUGAGUUUGACUUUGCAAGCUUUUCGGUUAACUAGAAAAAAUGAUUGUACGACAAUGCAGACAAAGAAUUUUAAAUUAUUAAAUAUAUUAGUGCUGUUGUCGAUUGGAAAUAGUGUACUUAGUGAUGAAUACAAUCAGGAGGAAUGGAUAGAACCGAAUGCAUGGGGAAGAGAAGCCAGUUUAAGUGCUUUAAAGCGUUUAAAUGACGCAGCUGAGGAUGACGUGUGCCUUAAAUGCAAAAUACCAAAUAUUAAUAAUGAUGCUGCCGUUUGCCCAGUCAGUGAUAACACAGUUGCAUUACUGCUUUUUAAGAAAUUCGUUAAAAACUUAUUUCAACGCAAUAAAUUUGAAUUUGAUGAAUUUACUUCUAUCUAUAAACGUUCUCUGGAAUUCACAAUUAAAGCUGAGCAAUUGGAGAAGCUUGAAAAUUUAAAUGAUCCACGCGAUUUGGAUACGGUUUUAACGGAAGUUUUCGCUAAUGUUCGCAAUGUCAAACAAAUCAAAAGUUCCUUAACAGGAAAUGACUGGUUAAGACCAUUUUUGAAUUUCUUGAAGGACUACAUGCAUUUGCUGCAUACAUCAGAGACACAAUUCUUAUUAAUCGCUAUUGCCACAGUUAUUUUUGGACGUAUUUUGCACAAACGUUACAAAAUUGGAGUCUUUGUUAUAAUUUUAGGUGUUGUAUUCCUGUCAGGCUAUGUCAUAACAUAUUUAGAAUGUAAUCGGGAACUAGAAAAUACUCAAACUAUAGCGGCAAUAAAAAAUAUUGAAGAAAAAGAAGCAAUAAAAGAUGUGCGUUGGUAUAAUCCAAUCAGUUGGUUUGGCAAGAAGGAAGAAACAUUAAGUGAAAAAAUAAUGAAAACAAAAAAAAUUCAUAUAAAAUUUUGUCGACCCGAUCAUGUGCUUUUAAUGUAUUUUAAUGAUUUAUUACUGAAACAAUUGCAGUUCGUCAUUGAAAAAUGUACAGAUACUAUGGCUGUUUUUAGAGAUAAAUUACCAUUUGGCUUGCAUUAUUUUGCGGACAUAUUGCUAUUAGUGCUGCUUGGUUAUCUUAUAAAGCUUACAUUUAAAUAUAUAUUAAGUCCGAGAGCGUGGUCUGUUUUGUUGCACCGCCCUAAACAUCAAUCGAUAGACACACAUCCACCACAUUUGCAUGGUGUGCCGCAAUUAACGGAAGAUAGAAUAUCGGGUGAAAAUUUAAAAUUACUUUUAAAUGUUAUAAGUAAUACACCUAAUAUUAAUAAUGGCAUACAACAGAUAGCAGCUGCUUCUGGUGUGGAAGAAGUACAAGAAAUGUUAGAAGCUCCUACACGCUCUAGUUCAAAAUCCAAUUCACCUAAUUCUACUAUAGAUCAGAUUGCAUCCAGUGAAGUAGAAUCCAACGUUUUAUGUAUAGACGAACUAAAAUUGGAUAAUGCGGUUGAAAAUACUAGUGAAAUAAAAAUAUAAACAGAAAUUUUCGCAUGAAAAAAAAGAACUCAAAAUAAGUUAAGCAAAUUAUGCUUAUAAAUAUA